GCCGCUGUCUCCCCACGCCUGUCGAUCCAGUUGGAUGGCCCCAGCUCCGCCCCGGACCUGAAUGGAAACCAUCCGUCAGCCUCACUUGAUGUCUCGUGCCUGCGCAUGGACUUAGACGGCCGCAUUUUCCCUGGCGUCCUCACCCCGAACAUGACCCAACAGCAGGGUAUGGGCAUUGGUGAUUUCUCCACCGUGCUGGGUCUGUCUCAUACCCCCGCCAGCGUGGUAUCAGCCGAUCGCUCCGAAGAAAGGCGCUACUCCGCAGCCAACACAGCCUGGCUGUCCACCCUUGGUCCAGCCGUGCUAUCACCCUCGGGCCUCUCAAAUCCCUGGGACGCCUUCUUCCUCACCAUUGGCUCGCCUGUGCCUCCGGACGCCGCAAGCAUCCUCUCGCGGAAGCACAGCCUCGGCUCCGAUAUACCAGACGAGCGCUUCACAAAGUUGGCCAGGUUGUGGCCUAAAAAGAGAGAGCCACAAUGGUCCCUAAUCCGGACUCUCUGGACCGAUGCCGCUUGCUACAAGGGCAUGAACCUAUUCUCUGAGUGUUCUCCACAAAACGCCGAUAACGACGAAGACGACAGUCUACCCUCUUUACCUAGUAACAGACCCCAGAGAGACCUAGACGACGCCAGACGCAUGUCGCUUAUCCAAUUUAUGCUCCCAAAUCUUGGAACUGGAGGAGACUAUGAGUAUUCACGCAACUCGCGUUUCCCCACCGUCGACACGCUUGCCGUGUGCAUCGACCUCUACUUCCAGAGAUUCCACCCACUGUUCCCCUUCGUACACGAGCCAACUUUCUCCGCGAAACAGACACCUAACAUUAUGCUGGCACCGAUGUGUCUUAUUGGACUUCACCUUCUCGACCCCAGUACUACCCGCCAUUUUGUCGCAAAUCAGAUACUGAGAACCAUCGAGAAAUGCACUGUUGCAUUGUCUAAAACAUGGGAAAGGCCCGAUUGGGCGGUCCUAGUUACCGUCCUUGGGGCAGCAGUCCUGCUGCUCAAUUAUGCUUCAAUCUUGGAGGAAUGUACUCACUCGGAACAGACGUACAAUCUGUAUGUCAGAGCGCUUACGGUGGCUCUUCAGAGCGGUCUGUUCGACGUCUCACGAGGCCCUCCUCUUGCUGAGGUCUUACCGCAUGAGCAGAUGGACGAACUUUUCUGGGAGGGGUGGGCGAAGAUCGAGUCUGCCAAAAGGCUGACAGCAUGUCUUAUCGCCACAGACUCGCUCUACACAACCAGAAUGGGUUCGAAACCCAUCAUACAUGUCGACCGAUUAAACAUAUACGCCCCUUGCUCAAAUCAUCUAUUCAAUACGCCCAACGUGAAUGGUUGGGAAAAUUUCGCCUCAGCAAUCAACAUGACGGAUGUGGACUCGUGCAUUUCUGACUUUCAGGGUCUGUCAAUCGCCAACACCGUCGCCAUUCACACCCUGCUCUCAGCAUCUUCGCUCUGUAUCGCCGACCUAAAAGUCAGCAAUCUCAUGCAUGACAAUGAUCCCAAGAAAAACAUCCUCUACCCUGCAGAAACCUUCCAGAAUAGUGCCGCUGGACCGGCCAUCACGCGACUUCUCCGGGGCAUCUACACCUAUCACGGCGAGGGACUGUUAGCUGCCGAUCCGAAUGCCACCGUACUGUGGCACAACAUGUGUAUGAACAUGUCGGCCAAUCUCAAUCUAUUCGAGUUAGCAGCCGGCCGAGAGGGGAUCAAGGUAGCCAAGGUCGCACUCGAGAAUAUUCUCGUGUGGGCGCACAGCCCUCAAUCAAGACGCGCCUGCCUCCAUGCGGCGCAGGUGUACGUCUGUAUGAUGAAGAGGAGGAUCACGGACGGAACCAUGUUCAUGUCCGAGGUCGCCCUUUUCAACGCCGCCCUCGUGGUCGGCUUGUACGUGUACGCAUCACCCUCUACACUCCAAGGAGGCAGUGAGCCCCCUCUUGAACUACUGGACCAAGUCGACUGGAGUCAGAUCGGCGAUGAAGGUCUUCCUGGCUGGAGCCCGUUACAGAACUCCACCAAUGCGGCCAGCAGAUUUAUCAGCAAGGGCGGACCCAUCUCCUUCAAUAAGAUGGUCUGCCAUGGGGGGUACAUGUCUUCCCGCCGCAUUCUUCUCAGUUAUGUAGGUCUAUUGGAAGAAGUAGGCCGGUGGAAUUGGCUCAAGUUUCGACAUAUUUUACGUGUCAUGGCCGACAGCAUGGUGGAACUGGAGUGAUAAUCCAAAAUUAUUAUGUAUUCAUACGACUACGAUACUUUCAAAACACGACUACAACCAUCGCCAACACUCGGCUUCUGCCACCUAGCUUCUGUCCCAAAGGUCUACGUUGUGGUAAUAGUCAAUUCGAUCACGUUCCGUAG